GGCGGUACUGCCCCUUUAAGAGACUCGCUCCUGGUUUUUGUUACUCAGUAACACCCGUGUCAUUUCACUAUGGCGAAGGGGCUGUAAACAAAUGCGGUGGGAAAAAGCGCGUCCUUUUUGUGAAAAUAGAUUUCCGUUAGAGAUGAUUUCGCGUUUGGUGAAGUAUAUUAACGUAGUACGGAUGGAGAAAUGUGCGAAAGCGCUUUAGUGAUGCGAACAGGACGCGGACCAUCCGAUUUCAGUAACGUUAACAUGGACAGGAUCAAACCGUCAAACCUCUUUCAAAUACACCAUUUAUCCUGUUAAUCCGGAGCUGGUUUAGGUUGAAAUCAUGUUGACAGGGUCCAAAACCACCUUUAAAGUGAGACAGAUGGUUCCGGACAUGAAGGAGAGGAUGAUGAGCCACAGUAGCCUUCAUGCACGUGGGAGAGAUGUGCUCGGCCUCUGCUGUUUACCGGGAGAGUGUGUGCUACAGCGAGCCGUGCUGGUGAGGAAGAAGCUGUCGGCUAAAGAAGGAGGAGGCUGGUUGUCUGGGACUCUGUUCUGCACUCAUUUCAGAGUGGCCUUUGUGCCUCAGGACAGCCAGAAACCUGACGAUAACGCAGAUCCUGUGCUGCUCGGAGAUCAUGACGUAGCUCUCGCCUCCAUUGAUAAAGUCGUGGCAGUGGGACCGUCUCGCACCAAACUAGUGACCCCUACAUGCUCCCUAAAAUUCACCCCGGAGGAACUGGUGUUGUACUGCAGAGACAUGCGUGUUCUCUGCUUCCUGUUCGACAGACUCACGCCUGAUACUCAAGCUGUGGAGAUCACAUACACCAUUGCUAAGACCUACCAACCACUGAAACCUGGAACCAUCCUCUCCUUCCAAAAUGCUGCUUUGGGUAGUAUUGAAAUGAAGCAGUUCCUAAGCAACAGGCGCCGUGACCCUAACAUGAACUGGUUUGAGUGUUCGAUGGGAUGGGAGCAGGAGCUGGAGAGGACGGGUGCCAGCGGCUGGAGGGUCAGCUCUGUCAAUGACCGCUUUGAGAUGUCCACCAGUCUGCCCAGAUUCAAUGUGGUUCCUCAGAGGGUCCUGGACACAGAGCUCAAGAAAACAUUCGCCCACUUUAAUGAGGGUCGCAUCCCACGCUGGUGCUGGCGACAUCCUCAUGGCAGCGAUUUAUUGCGAAUGGCCAGCUUCCAAAAUAACAUCUACCAUGAGAAGGACGACAUAAGGAACCUGGAGCUGGUGCUCUUCGGCGGACAGCAGCUGUGUGUUAUUGUGGAUCUGGGAGAGGAAAUGCCGUCACCUGCAGACAUCCAGCUGGCUCACACAAGACUCCGGACACUUUGUCUGGGCGAUAUUUCAUCAUCUGUAUCGGUACCUGAUGACAAGUGGCUCUCCACUCUUGAAAGCACUCGCUGGCUCGACUAUACCCGGUGCUGUCUUAGAAAAGCCGCAGAGGUGGCUUGUUUGCUCAGAGGAGGUCACAUGACUGUUGUUCUCCAAGAGCCGGAGGAUCGAGACAUGAACUGUGUGGUCUGCAGUCUAGUGCAGGUGAUGUGUGACCCUCACUGCAGGACUGUGGCUGGAUUUCAGGGCUUGGUUCAGAAAGAGUGGAUCACAGCCGGACACAAAUUCCUCAGCCGUAUCAACUACCACAGAGAAAGUGAUAAAGAAGAGGCUCCUGUGUUCCUGCUGUUUCUCGACUGCGUGUGGCAGCUGUGGGCUCAGUAUCCCGCACGCUUCCAGCUUACUGAAGACUACCUUCUGACUCUGCAUGACAGCGUGCAUCUUCCACUCUUCAGCAGCUUCCUGGCCAACAGUCAGAGGGAGAGAUGUCGCCGUUCACAGCAUCUUCCCCAGAGCUACACCCCAGUAAACGGUCUGAGGGAAUUGCCCAUCGGUGCUCCAGAGGAGCCAGUAGACCCACCUUUCCCCCCGGUGUGGGACUGGGCCCUGCAGUACAGCAGUCAGAGACGAGCCCGAUUCACCCAACCUGUGUCACAGCCCGCCUGUCCUCCACCCGUCCUCAACGGUAACCUCAACACCAACCUGGACCGCAGCUGGCACAAUGAUGGACUGCCAGGCUCUGUGUUCCUGUUGUCCCGUAGCACAUUCUCCCAUCCCUCCAACCUGCUCCCCUGGAGGAGCGGAAACUCUGGCUCUUACUGGAAAAGCCACCGCAGGGCUCCUUCCUCUGAGAGUUUGUCUGGACUUGAGCGUCUCAUCAGAGCCUGUUCGCUCUCUGAGCCCUCAGAGAACCCCUCUACCCUCCACGACCCAUACGAGCCCCUGCUGCCCCUGCUUUUAGGACCCUGUGUCAGAGUAUGGAGGGGCUGCUAUUUACGGGGCGCAUUACACGCUCAGGCUUUCUCACACCCCACGUCUUCCUGCAAUCAGCAUCCAUUAGAUCAGCUUGCCUGGGAAGUGCAGCAGCUCCGAGAGAAACUGGCUCAGGCUUAUCACAGACGCCCCGAGAACCAGACUAAACGACAGGAGCCACGCCGGCUGGAGUCCAACCUCAACCAGAACGCCAACAAUGGAACCUUCCUCUUCUCCUCUUCCUCUAGAACAUCUCAACAACAGCUGCCGCCGUCCAGCCGAGGUGCAGCCCACUCCUCCGUCCCUCCCAGAGCCCAGCGGACGGCAUCCGACCCGCCCAGGCCUGCGCAGAGGAAUAACGGCAAGCACACGUUUCUGUUCGGCCACCAAGAGCCGCAAUCAGGGCAGCGUUACGUUCCCUCCCCUAGUGCCAAACCUCAAAAACGGGCCGGAAACUCACACUGAUCUGUAGGAAGGAAAGAAAUGGGUUGCUUUGGUGUUUGUGUUACUGAAACAAUACAAUACGGUACAAAGCAGAAACUCCACUAGAAACAUGAGUUAUGUGCAUUUGAAAAAGCACAAAUUGACAUGGGCUGUUUAUAUAAGCAGCUAUGUGAAGUUUAGCAAAAAAGCGUUAAUCCACAACAUGAAAUUCUUCCUCUGUUGUGUUUUUAGAACAUUUAACUACAUAGUCUAGUUCACUAAAGGAGUAGUUCACUAAAAAAUAAAGAAUCUUGUGUUAUUUAUUCAUCCUCAUGUUGUUCCAAAUGUGUAUUACUACUUCCGAAGUCAUGAUUUAGUGUGAAAACGGAACAAAUUUGAACUUAUUAUUCUUUGAAAAAAGUAGCAAUAUGCAAUUUGUGAGUGAAUCAAUCUUUUGAGAUGAAUCUUUUCAAUGAAUCAGUUGAUUUGGUUCACAGAAUCAAUCUAAAUGAUUCAUUUGGAAGCUUGUAAUUUGCACCGUAUUUAUCAUUUUUCUUACCUUGUGUUCCAUGGAAGAAAGAAAGAAAAGCAGAUUAGGGAUGACAUGAGUGACUAAAUAACAUAAUUUACUACUCCUUUAAAUAAAAUGUAAAAACUGUAGGGAAGCACAGAAUGCUAGUAAAACGUGUGCAUGUGAAAUAUUGUUUCUGAGGAUCAUGCCAAAGUAUUGCUUUGAAAUCUUAUGUGUUGGUCAAGAAACAGUUUUAGCUUUAAGUAGCUUGUGCAUGUAGCAUUAGUUUAUGGUACGGUAGGCUAGUAAAAUAGCGAUUUGUUUUUCCUCAACUAAAAAGGCGGGAAAAUGGCUGCUAUCAUGCUAAUAAUAUAACGGAGGUUGCAGUUCCCUGAACGGCCACAAGAUGGACACAAGUAAUCUUCAGCCUCCGUGUUGAAUGCAAAUAAUACAAAAUGCUGCCUUGCCUUUCAAUAUUUUCAAGCGACGGCACAAUAAUGUCAAGCGUGUUAUGCAUUUUUUUUUGUAUUUUAUUAAGUAUUAAUACAAGAAUAGAAGAUAAAUGAGACUAGAUGCAACAUAAGUGAUAUUACAGUUAUUUAUAUGCUGCCUCUGCCGUUCAAAUGGAUAUUUGAGUGUUACAACGGCGAUGUGUUUUUUAAAAAAGACUGAACUUAAUUUGUGUAUAAGGAAGGACAAAAUUAGCACUCAUGCUGAAGGACAUUUUAUAUUCUCAUUUUUAUAUUUUUAUCUUCUGCACAUUACAUUCUAGGCUUUCAAUCACUGUGGAGUUCCAGGACUUCCUUCAACAUGUUUUUUUUAAUUUCCUGUGGAUUACGUGCAUGAUUUCUUUGGUAGGACUGAUAGACUUCCUACAAAUUACAGUGUUCAGAACUGCACAUUCUGUUAAUAGCUGACCCACAAAUGAAAACGGUCAUCCCAAUGCUGUUGUUUUUUCUCUUAAUAAUAAAAAAAAAAAUCCAUUUUAUUGUUCUAAGGACAAAAAUAACAGCAAUUGGAAGAAUACAAAUGGGACUGUUCUCAUUGUUUUUAUUUUAGGUGAAUUGUUUCUUUUAGGUUUGAUGGAAAGCUCUGAAGCUCCUUAGUGAUGUGGGUUUCAAGACAGACCGCUUCAGAUCUGUCCUUGUGAGACAUUUUUCCUCAAAAAGCAUUACACCACAAAUGUCUGACAACAGUGAUGUUCCAAAAUUGAGAGAGUAGCUCCAGAGGUUUGUGUCCUACUUUUAUUUCCCCUAAGGGGAAAAAAGGUGCUGGAAACAUUAACAUAAGGUACCGUGUUUCACUCAGAUAUCAGUGUGGGAAGAUUUAAGAGUUUCAGCAGGAGAACUGCACUUGAAAUAUCUUGCAUCAACAUAUUUCACCAGACUGAAUUUAAGCAAACGUUUAUUUGAUGGCUCAAGAAUUGCUUGUGCCUUAAAGCUGAUUUCAGACUUAAGUUUUGUACUUUUCGUCCUUACAUCUGCCACAGGAACGAAUCAUGACCUGUUUUCAUGUUUUUCAUUCUUUAAUCUUUUAUAACAACCUUUAUUGGCACAUUUUAGAUAAAUAAAUACAUCUUAUAGUUCCUAGAUACAACUGUUUGAUGGUUUUCUUA